CAAUGUUUAUUCCAAGUAAAAGAAUUCGUAAUCAGGUGGUUCAAGAGAUGUUUCGGGUCAGUAAACGACGCGAAUGUGAUGAUUUCUUGAGAGCAUAUCGUCUCACUGGUAAAACAAUUUUUUCAUUAAAAGAAAAUCGAGUUGGAUUGAGGUUUGAAACAUUCUAUGGAGGCAAAUAUCGUGAACCUUAUUAUGUUAUUCUUAGUCAAAAUGAAGAAAAUGGUCAAUUAGGUAUUUUUAAACAUACGAUACCACAUUUCAUUCCUUUGAACGAAUUGGAAUCAGAUUACCUUAAUAAAGACAUAGAUAAGUUUAUAAAUUCUCUUGAUGAUUACUUACAAGCCUUUGUUACCAGACGUGAAGAAGCUAGAAUAAUGCAGCAAGACGUGGGAGUCACCAAUUUGAGAUCUAAUAAUGCAUAUAAUUCAAUUGAAUUUUCGGUUAGUGUCUUAGAAUUCAGUCUAGCUUAUGAAGACUUAAAAUUAACGACACCAACGAACGUAGUAAUGUAUCAAGUCAUCGAAGAUGAUGAUAAAUCCGUAUCGCGACGUCAGCGAUUAAGACGACGCGAAAAAGAAUUUAUGCAACUAAAUUUGGUGAAUGCAUUUAAUAAUAUGUUUUCGGAAGUUAAAUAA